CAGAACCUGGUUUUCAUAUUUUCUUCCAGGACUUGCCUUGGAGUUUCUUGAUGUGGUUGCUGCAGCUAACUUGAUUGUUGACAUUUGAACUGCCUUGCUGGUUGCCUUGUUCUGUUUUCUUUAGCUUUGGAGGCAGAGCCCAAAAACAAGAACAUAUAGACUUUGCUGCAUUAUUCACAAGGGUUUUUGUAGAUUCUGCUUCUGAUGGGAGGCAAAAGCUCGAAAGAUUCGAGCCCGAGGCUGUUUUCGCAUGGUGGAUCAACUGCUUCUUCUUCUUCAUGGGAUCAGUAUGGGUAUCCACAGCCAUCACGCCCUCCACAAAACCCCUACUGCACCCCUCAGCAUCACUAUGAACCUUCACCAUCUUUUAACCAUGUGUCUCAGCCAGUUACAGUGCCCAACCCACGAAGGAGGUUGGAUAGAAAAUACUCAAACAUAGCUGAUAAUUACCGUUCCUUGGAUGAGGUUACUUCUGCUCUUGCACAAGCUGGCCUUGAGUCUUCUAAUUUGAUUGUUGGUAUUGAUUUCACGAAAAGCAAUGAGUGGACAGGUUCGAGGUCAUUUAACCGGAAAAGCUUGCAUCACAUUGGAAAUGUUCAAAACCCCUAUGAACAAGCAAUAUCAAUUAUUGGGAAAACAUUAUCUGUUUUCGAUGAAGAUAAUCUAAUUCCGUGCUUUGGGUUUGGAGAUGCAUCUACACAUGAUCAAGAUGUCUUUAGCUUCUAUCAGGACGAACACUACUGUAACGGAUUUGAGGAAGUAUUGGCACGAUAUCGAGAAAUUGUUCCCCAUCUUCGACUUGCAGGGCCUACAUCUUUUGCACCGAUUAUUGAGAUGGCCAUGACUAUUGUUGAGCAAAGCGGAGGCCAGUACCAUGUUUUGCUGAUCAUUGCUGAUGGCCAGGUGACAAGAAGUGUUGACACAAAACAUGGUCAGCUCAGCUCACAAGAACAAAAGACAAUCGAUGCAAUUGUAAAAGCAAGUGAGUACCCCUUGUCUAUAAUCCUAGUGGGGAUUGGAGAUGGCCCUUGGGACAUGAUGAGGGAAUUCGACGAUAACAUCCCUGCUCGAGCAUUCGAUAAUUUUCAGUUUGUGAAUUUUACGGAAAUCAUGUCAAAGAAGGUGGAUCUAUCCAGAAAGCAGACAGAAUUUGCUCUUUCAGCCCUGAUGGAAAUACCUUCUCAAUAUAAAGCAACUCUAGAGCUUGGCAUAUUGGGAACACGCAAUGGAAAUUAUCCAAACAUGGUUCCCCUUCCCCCACCCCAUUAUGCUGCAGUAUCUUCAGGCAGCAGCAACACAAAACUUUACAGCAAUUCAAACAGUUUUCAGCAGAGGACAGCUCCUUAUGCUGGAUAUGAUAAUGCAGGAGCCAGCACACCUUCUUCUUAUACAGGAUAUGAUAGUCAGGUUUGCCCCAUUUGUCUUACGAAUCCGAAAGACAUGGCGUUUGGUUGUGGACAUCAGACUUGUUGUGACUGUGGAGAAUACCUCGAAUUGUGCCCCAUUUGCCGGAGUUCGAUCCAAACUAGAAUAAGACUCUACUAGCUAGAGUCAGGUUUGAUGCACAUCUUUGAGAUUUGGUACCGCUCUCAGUAGUCACAAUGUGUCUUGUUCAGUGAAAACUGGAGCAAAUGCUCAUGUUUGAUGAUGUACUCGGGGCACAAAGAAAGGAGACUGUCUUGGUUGAUGUGAUUCUUGGCCCAUGGCAAGAUGGGAUUGUGGCUAGGAGGACCUGUUAGGGUUCAAAUUAGAAGCUGGUUUUCAUGCUUGGCCUUGUGUAUAAGGACAAUUCAGGUUUAGAUUAAGUUUCAUGGUCAAAGUUGGCACUGGUUGAAGACACAAUUCAGGGUCAUCAUCCUUACUUUUGUUUCCUCUCUGAUAGAUUGGUUUCGUCUUUCUACUAUCAUAUUCUGAAAACAGAUUAGAACUUGGCAAGAAAACAAAAAGUGAGUGUAUGACACUAAUUUUGAGAUCCGAAAAAGAACGUGUGUUAGAAUA